AUGAAAGAGCUCGUCGUUGAGCUCCGGAAGAGCCUGUGCGGGAUCAAAAUAUCCAAGCGGCUGUGGAUCCAGCUGCUCUACACCAAGCUAUCGGACGCGGGUUGUCGCCGCAGCGAAAGUGACAUCCUCUUAUCCCUGUCAAUUAAGGACUUGGGCCGAGUCAGAAAGUUCCUCGUAGAGCUAAGCAACGACGGAGGGCAUCGCCUGGGCAUGGAGGAGGCGAUUGGCAACCUCCUGCGGAGCAAUGGGCUUACAGACGCGAAUGCGACGCUAACGCCGAUUGGAGCCGAUAGCAACGACGAGCAGCCAAGCUAA